CUCAUAAAAAUAUUCACAAAAAGGAGACAUUUUUCAUUCAUUCAUUCAUUCAAGUAACGUAUGGUUCUUCAUACAAAAGUUCCUUUUCUUAAAGAAAAAAAAAAGAAUUGCAGAUUUUCCAUGAAAGGCGGGUAAGCUCUCCUUCAACUACACAGCCAACUUUAAUUGAUUGACUCAACUUCUGCAAGGACACGUUGAAUUGGUUUUUGGAUCGGCCAUAUCUCUCCGGCCUGUACUUCAACUGAUGCUUAAAUUGAUUCUGGCUAUAUCUAUUUAGACAAAUGCAUGUUACUAAAGAAUCUGAUGGAAGAGAAGCAAUUGGAUUUUAAUCAACCAUUUCUAUCAGUAAGGCGGUUCACAUCAACAGUUGCCUCCUCAGAAGCCAAGAACAAUAGGAAAAGAGACAAUUCGAAGCCUAAAAUACCGUCUCUUCCUGCCUACAGAUCAGAAUUGAAAUCGGGUCCAAUAAGGAACCCAGGAACUGUUCCUUUCUUAUGGGAGAAAACCCCAGGAAAACCCAAGGAUGAAAGAAAAUUGCAAACUCAUGCUCUUCAACGUCCUCCAGGGCGGAUUUUUUAUGCUAAACAACAAACUUCUAAUACAGGUUCUGAUGGUAAAACUGCUACUCAAUCCCAUAGGGACACUACCAUAUCCAGUUCUGGAAAUGCGUCCUAUUUGGAUGAGAGUGUUGCUAAGUAUGGAAAUUCAAAGAAUGAAAUGGAGGAGACAACGAGUUCCAGUUCAGAUGAUGGUGAUGAAGCCUAUGUUGAUGCACUUGAUACUCUUUCUCAGACUGAAUCAUCUUUCUUUAACUGUAGUGUAAGUGGAGUGAGUGGUUUGGAUGGUCCAGAUAUGAAACCCCAUGGGAUUUUCUCAACUGACCCUCAGACUCGGGAUCUAAUGAUGGGUCGAUUCUUGCCUGCAGCAAAGGCAAUGGCUUCAGAAUCGCCUCAGUAUACCUUUAGGAAGCAACCUGUUGCACGAGAGCAACAACCAAGGCAGAUGAAACAGUUAGUAAGUGUGGAAAAGCGGCGUCCAUUGAAUCAGAAUAGGCCAAAUAAUAUGGCACAUUACAUGCAAAGAAAUGUAGUGGAAGAAAGUGAAGAUGAGGAUGAGGAUUAUAAUGCACCUAGGAGUUCAUCCAUUAAGGUUUGUGGAUUACUUCCUCGGUUUUGCUUGCAGUUGAACCCGGUACCCGGGCUGAAAAAGCACACCCAUGGACCUGUAUUUUCUGUCCGCAGAGCACGAGCUAAAUCUUCAUAUGCCACUUCUUGUGCUGAAAGUGAGAGUGAGCAUGGUAAGGGUUCUGGUUUUGUGCAAUGCUCAACUACAACUGAGCUGAGGGAAGAAUUAAGCCAGAUCAGGUAUGGAAGUGAUUCGCGGAAGCUGGACAGGUCAUCUAUGUACAACCUCUUGCAAGGCGAUGGUGGAUCACCUUGCCACCAUGACGACAAAGGUUCUCUUGCACUUUCUGAAGAUUCUAAGGAUCCUGGAGUGAGCAGCUCUGAUAGAUCCUCUAAAGGUGCACGUAAUUUUCGAGAAUUGUUGGCCUGUGAUAGCUCUAAAUGGGAAUCAGAUUCGGCUAGUCCUUUAGUUGAGAAAACUCUAUACGUGGAUUCUGUACAUAAAGUAAAAUCUCCUGUUUCAAGUUCAAAUUCUUCAGAUAUGAAGGGGCUCAUUGAUUACCAAGGUUAUGAUGCUCAGAUGCCAUUCAAAAGUCGGGAGAGUGAUGAGAAUUCUAUGGUGAAUUCAUUCUUUAAAGAUAUUGAAAAACUGAAUGUGGUGGGCGGAAAGGCAAAGCUGCAGCCUGAAAGUUUGGAGUCUGUCGACACUUGUUUCCAAUCUUCUUCAGAUAAAUCCAUUCAUGAGGUACAAAUGGAUGUUCCUAAGCAGGAUCUUAUGCAGGAUUCUAUCACAAUCGCAAGUGAAAAAAUGACUGAAGAAGAGAAGAUUGAUUCAGAAAGUCAACUUCACAGGAAAUCAGAUAAACCGCAAAGUAAUCAGAUUAUCAACCAUGAAUGUAUCAUGUCAACAGAUGAUGGGAAGAUCGAUCUGGAACACCAGCUUGCAGUUAAAUUACGUAAACAAGAAAGUUGUUUUGAUCUUCCUCUUCCUCCUCCUUUACCUCCAACAGAGUCAUGGCUAAAGCGUACUCUGCCUACUGUUUCCUCGCGGAAUUCAUCUUUACAAUCACGGUCCCACAUUGGUAUGAAUUUUCACUCUAAAGCUCAGGCUUCCAAGACACCCGCUCUGGAUCCCAAGUGGGAAAUGAUUGUUAGAACUAAAAAUGUACAGCUUGGGCAUUUGCGACAUACCGAGGAAAUACUUGCUCCUAUACCAGAAGCUUAGAAGCCUUAAAAUCUUCAUCUUCAGUCUAUAGGCUCAAGCAGUAGCUUUGGCUGGACUAUCCAUUUCAGUUCUAUCUUUUUGCGGUUGCUGUAAUCAACUAUACAAUCGGGUAACUGUAAAUCUACAUGCCCAUCUUUUUUAUACAGCAGUUGUUUACUUGUAAAUCUCUGGGCAAGUCGUUCAUAUGUGGUGAUUGUCUGGAAAGAAAAUAAAGGAAGCUAAGCUGUAUUAUAAAAAGAGUUCAUUUGAGCCA